AUGGGCCCCUGUACCGCCUCCUCUUGCUGCUGCCAGGCCCAUAAUCUGCCAUGGGCCCCCGUACCAAUCCUCAUGCUGCUGCCAGGCCCGUAAUCUGUCAUGGGCCCCUGUACCGCCUCCUCAUGCUGCUGCCAGGUCCAGAGUGUGUCAUGGGUCCCUGUAUGGCCUCCCAUUGCUGCUGUCUCCAUCGCCACACUCUGCCCAUGUGCCACUUUCAGGUCUCCUCACACUGCUGGUGGGUUCCAUUUUGUCAUAGGGUGCUGUAUGGCCUCCCAUUGCUGCUGCCUCCACCGCCACACUGUGGCUCCACACUCUGGUUUUGGCCCCGUGACUGCCCAAAUGAGUGAAGUGUGCGGUGAUUCUAAGAUCGACGGCACUCAUCUGCAUGUCAUACUGACUGACAGUAUUAUUUCUCUUCCCCAGCAGACUCCAAGGGCAUUUAAAUUAAAGGUACAGUGUUCUGCACUAAUAUAA